AUGGUCAUACAUGUUUCGCUAGGAAACGCGGAAGCAAUGAAAAAGGACGUAGGACACUCAGGAAGAAGUACCAAGUAUGUAGACAAGGGUGAUUUGCUGCUCAGUCACAGAAACCUAAAACCAGAGGUAUCAGCACCAGGCACUGAGUACAGGGAUGAGCCCCAGACCAGCAGAAAACAAGGAAGAACUGGUAGCGAGCAUCAGGUAAAAAAUAGCCUAAGAAGCAUCAAUUUCCUUGUACUGCACAGUAAACCAGGUUUGGCUUCUGAUAACCAGGUCAGUGACUCUGGAAGCAGUGGCAGAGAACAGUCUAGCUCUCAGCAUUACCACUUCAGGAGGCAUGAGCAACACAGCAAUACUGACAAUCAACCUGUUCUGAGCAAUGUAGAAAAUCCAGUGGAUGCUCUUAGUCUUGAUCAUGAGCAUAACAUGUGGAAAUACAAUAAAAAUACAGUUGGCCUGUCUGAAAAACACAGUGAAAGUGAUGAAGAAGGUGUGGGAAAAGAGGAUGAGGAAUGGGGUGAAGAAACUAAUCACAGAGAUAUGAAGCACAAAGGCCACCAGACAAAACAAGGUAACCAGUAUGAAAGACAGCAAAACGAAAACAGUAUGCAAUCUGAUGAAAUCCUAAGAGAUUCUAGUCAACCAACCUGGAUAACCAAGAGACAUGGUAAGAAAUUUGACCUAGAGGAAGAAGAGAGGGAGAACAGCCAGAAAAAGCCCUAUAAAGAAGAAAUCCCCCUCUCAAAAAACUGUAACAAAGACCGGGAUGACAAACAGCAAAGCCAAGAGAGGAAAGACAAUAUGCAAGUAAGUUAUCAGAGUGAUCUUGACACAGUGGUGAAAAGACAAGAUAUGGAGGACAGUAAUGUUGACGAUCAUGAUGGUCACGACAGUGGUGAUGUGGAUGGCAAGGAAGAUCUCAGCAAUGCCUGGAAAGAAGUAGCCUAUGAGGAAGAGGAAAGAAUCCAGAGUAAUGAUCAGGAGAGCACCAGUACUGAGCACAAAGGGACAGGAACCACCAAAGAUAACACUGCAGUUCAUAGAGAGACCAAUGAUUACCAAGAUGUCAAGACUAAAGCCCUUAUUCCCUCUGAACAAGAGGAUUACCAUCAUGACCUACCUAAUUCUGACAGCAAGCAACAACUGGAAAUGAGUAGCUCUGUUCAGAGCAUGAAUUCAAUGCAAAGUGAAGAUAAGGUUAAGACUACAAGCAGUUCCUAUGGUGAGAUGGAAAGCGCAAGCAACAGGAGUGAGAAGGCUCUCCAGGAUCCAUGUAGGAACUUCCACUGCAGAAGAGGUAAAGUCUGCCAUCCGGACAAACAUGGGAAACCCAGCUGUAUUUGCCAAGAUCCUGCUGCUUGCCCUUCCACCAAAGGCUAUGAGCACUAAGUUUGUGGCACGGAUAAUAAGACUUAUGAUGGCACAUGUCAACUCUUUGGCACCAAAUGCUGACUUGAAGGGACAAAACUGGGACAUCAGCUGCACCUAGACUAUAUGGGCUACUGCAAAUACAUCCCCCACUACACUGAUUAUGAAGUGGAUCAGUUUCCCCUCCGGAUGCGAGAUUGGCUCAAAAACAUCGUUAUGCAAUAUUACGAAAGUGAUCUGGAUACUUCGGGAUUUCUAACUGAAAAGCAAAGGACUAAGGUCCAAAAAAUCUACCAGAAUGACAAGCGCCUUGUGGUUGGCGACCACGCAGUUGAGCUGCUCCUGCAUGACUUUGAGAAAAAUUAUCACAUGUAUGUGUAUCCUGUGGACUGGCAGUUUCAUCAGUUUGAUCAGCACCCUGUUGACAGAUUAUUAACACACUCUGAGCUUGCGCCUCUGAGCGCUUCCCUUGUUCCCAUGGAACACUGCGUAACCCGUUUCUUCCAAGAGUGCGACAGAGACCAAGACAAGCUCAUUGCUUUGAAGGAAUGGUGCCACUGCUUUGGGAUUAAGGAAGAAGACAUAAAUGAAAAUCUCCUGUUCUGA